AUGGGUGGAGCAGCGGCAGAAGCUGGUAUCGACUUGGUGCUUUAUCAUGGCGACCUCAGUCUCAAAUAUGCGUGGGUCAGUGGUUCAGAGAGUGGCUUGACUGUUUCCCUUUCGCAUGUUCUCUGCCAAAUAAUAGCUGUCGCCUGUCCAGGGGAUUCCAUCGAAGUCGGGCUCUUCAUUGGAUUUGCUACCACCCAUGGCCAGGACAUCACCCUCGUCCUGCGUCGCCUGCUUCGACAAAUCGGCGGCUCGCUCAAGAGCGAUCUCCCAUCCUCAACAAGUGCUCGAACUUGCGAAUUGACACUGACUCUAGAUCGCGCCCCGGCAGAUGCAGUCAGCCCAACAACUUCCACCGACUUUGCAGAACCUACGACAGAAGAGCUUUCUCUUUUUGCUGAUAAACUGAAAGGCGCCAAAGUUGCUUUGUAUGCCUCUUCAAAAAGCUCAUUUACGCAACAUGUAACACGGUACCUUGCCGACUGGGGCAUGGAUGUUAGCCACAUGUCCAGAGAUGGAGAGGUUGACGAACAGCCACCCGCAGCUCCAGAAGAGCCCCCAGAUCCAACCUAUGGCUCGUGCUCACAGUAUGUUUUCUGCAUGGUGCUUGCUCCGUGGGACGCCUUGGGCGGAGGAAGGCUGAGAACUGACGCGCAGGACCAAGUGCGUCGGAAUACUGGUGCGAAAGGCCGCAUGACUCAGAUGGGCGGAUUUGACUGGGAGCGCAACGAAAACGAGGUCAAAAUAUCUCGGGCACUCGAGAAGGUUGCUGAAGAAGUCGGGCGCAAAGUCUAUUCAAGCUGUCGCCAUCGCCUACGUUAUGCAAAAGACGCCUUACUGUUUCCCUAUCAUCGGCGGAAUAAGCUUCUGCUUUUCUGCUUGAUGACUCUCUGGCCUCACGCCUUCCACCCAGCAAUGCGGGAGUCUACUGUUAUAAGACGAGACGGCCCUCCCUGUAAACCGUCAUCGUCAACGUCUUCCGCUGGGUCAGAACAACUCUCCACGCGCCCUUACAACCCAUACACGGCGGCAUUCUUCGCUGCUGUCAACCGUAGCUCUCUCUCGAGCCGACGAGAUGUCGGUUUGGAAUUGUUGUGUCGCACCACCUACUACCCAUGUAUCUGGUCAAAGAACGAUGGUUGUCUUCCGGAAACCCGCAAAGACAACAUUCACGACCUUUACCAAUGGGCAUCAUCCGUCACCACUCCCAGCCUGAUAGCCUGCGUUUAUGGGCCCCUGGGCGUUGGCAAAUCGACAGUUCUUUGA